AUGUCAAACAUAUGUUUGAUAUCUGAUCGGCAUCGAAGCAUAAUAUCUGCUGUGGAAAAUAACCCUACUUGGCAGCCGCCAAAUGCGUAUCACGUAUUCUGUUAUACUCCAGCAAUGGUUGAUUUUGAAAGGAAUCUUGCGAGUUUUCGUGAAAGUAGUCCUCAAAUUGCUGAGUGGAUUGAUGCGAUUCCUAAGGAAAAGUGGUCGCGUGCCUACGAUAUUGAAGGACAGAGGUACGGUCAUAUGACAACAAAUUUGGCUGAAUCUGUCAAUAGGGUUUUGAAGGGGGCCAGAAAUAUGCCUAUAACAGCAUUGGUUAAGCAUACAUAUAGCAUAUUGGUUGCAUAUUUUGUUGAGAGAGGAACAAAUGCUCUUGCACAACUUCAAUCAGCUCAUCGUCACUCCAAAAAUGUUGUUGAAUUGGUCAAAAAGAACCAGGUAGAUGCAACAGGCCACCACGUUCGUGCAUACAAUGUUGAACAUACUGUAUUCAAGAUUGGCGCAGGUUGGGAGCGUUUAUAUUCUGUCAACCUCCCACAGAGAUACUGCCAGUGUGGAAAGUUUAAGGCCUUUAAGUAUUCGUGUAGUCACGCCGUUGCUGCUGCGUUAAGUGUUAGGCAGAGUGCGUUCACUUACGUUGACGACGUCUUCUUGAUAACUAACUUGGUCGAGGCUUAUUCUUUUCCGUGGGAGCCAAUCGGAAACGAGGAAGCAAUACCUGAAAUUAGUGGUGCAAAGAUUAUUCCUGAUUCUACUAUGUUGCGUGCAAAAGGUCGUCCAAAGUCAAGUCGCAUCCGCAAUGUGAUGGAUGAAGUUGAGACAAGCCAGAGCCGUAUCAGGUGUGGACUUUGCAAGGAACGCGUCCAUAAUCGUCGGCGAUGUCCAAGUCGUGGGAGAAACGACUGA